AUGGCUUCCGUCGGCUCCCCGCCUGCCCGCCCCGAACUCCUAAUGGCAGUUCGUAACGAGCGCAACAAGCCCGCCGUCUUCCGGUCCCUCCUCGUCAUCCGUCUCCUCAACGCCUGGUGGGUCCUCACCUUUUUCCAGCCCGAUGAGUACUUUCAGGCCCUCGAGCCCGCCUGGCGCAUGGCCUUUGGCGAGGGUGCCGGUGCGUGGAUUACAUGGGAAUGGAGAAACCAGCUCCGCUCCUCGCUGCAUCCCGUCCUCUUCGCCGGCGUCUACUCUCUCGCAGACCUAGUCGCCCGCCCGCUCCCGUUGGCCCGGCCAUGGCUUCUGCUCGCCGCCCCGAAGGCCGCCCAGGCCGUCUUCGCCGCGGCCGGUGACUGGUACACCUGGCAGCUCGCUGUCAAGAUCUACGGUGCUGAUAGCUCCAUCUCAUGGUUUGCUCUGUUCAUGAGCAUGUUUAGCCCGUUCCAGUGGUAUUGCUCAACGAGGACCUUCUCCAACUCGCUGGAGACUACGCUCACCAUCAUGGCCCUCAACUACUGGCCGUGGGAGCUUCUCGGUGAAACCAAACCAGAGAAGGAGAACCCCAAGCCUGCAAAGUCCAUUUUGCACACCCCAGGGACUCUGACGAGGUGCGUCUUCCACAUCGACUCAAUUAUCCAAGAACCUUCACUCACCCAAGCUCACAGCCUCCGUCUUUCCCUCAUCCUCGCCGCCAUCGCAGUCCUCCUUCGCCCAACCAACGCCCUCAUCUGGGCAACACUCGCAACCGCCACGUUGACCCGGCCCCUCUUCACCCGGGUUUCCGUUCUCACGGCGCAGACCGCGGUCAUUCUCAUUCGCGAAGCCUUCCUCUGCGGCGCCUUUGUUCUCUGCAUCUCGCUCGCCUCGGACCGUCUCUACUUUGGCGAGUGGGCGUUCCCGCCUUACAAGUUCCUCUAUUUCAACCUCUCCCAGUCUCUCGCCGUCUUCUACGGCCGCAACGACUGGCACUACUACCUCUCCCAGGGUCUGCCCCUCUUGUCCAUAGCCUACCUCCCCUUCAUCCUCGUGGCCCUCUAUCGCCCGCCGUCGACGUCCUCCAAGAUUCGCACCCAGGCUCUCAAGACCCUCUCAUGGACAGUCUACGUCAUGAUCGCGACGCUCUCUCUCGUCUCCCACAAGGAAGUCCGCUUCAUCUACCCCCUCCUCCCGAUUCUCCACGUCCUCGCCGCCGCGCCCCUGACGACCUUCUUCACCUCUCCGGCCCCGACGCCGACCUCCAAGUCCCCGCUUCCGAAGCCGAGACUCCGGCACAAGCGCCUUCUGACCUCCGCCCUGGCCCUCCACGCCCUUCUUUCCUUCUUCCUAACCCUCCUCCACCAGCCGGCGCCCCUGACUGUUCUCACCUUCCUCCGCAACUCCUACUCCCGCCUCCACCCCGCCACCUCCGCUUCUUCCAUCCCCAUCUCCUCGGCCUCGGCCCUGACGAACUCCUCGUCGGAAGAACUCUUCGCCCUUUUCCUCGCACCAUGCCACUCGACCCCCUGGCGCUCCCACCUCAUCCACCCGACCCUCCGCGCCCGCGCCCUGACCUGCGAGCCGCCCAUCCACACGGCCCCCAACACCCCGGAACGCAUGAGUUACCGCGACGAAGCGGACCGCUUCUAUGACGACCCCCAGCUGUUCAUGUCCACGGAGGUGUGGCCCACGCGUAGCACGCAAAAAGGCCACCUAGACACGGACGCAAAUGCGCCAUCAGCACCGUCGACGGCGGCCGAGGACAUCCCCCGCUACAUCGUUGGCUUCGAGGGCAUCGAGCCCUGGCUCCUUGACUUCUUUGAUGGGCCUCACGGCCAAGGAUUUGGCGUCCGCCCGAAGCGCGUCUGGCAGGGCUGGAACGGCUUCUUCAACGAGGAUUCCCGGCGGCGGGGCAAGCUCGUCGUCUGGGACACGGGGCUGUAUACCACCGUAUCCUGA